AUGAAGGUAACAAGCAUCUUUCUUCUCAGUGCCUUGGCCCUGUUGAGCUUAUCUGGUAACACUAGAGCUGGCUUGGUGGGAAGAGAGGCUAAAUGUAACACUGAAACAACUGCAUGUACGAAGAUCUAUAAUCCUGUCUGCGGGACUGAUGGAGAAACUUAUUCUAAUGAAUGUGUGUUAUGUGUUCAAAAUAAGAAGCACCAGAUCCCUGUCCUCAUUCAAAAAUCUGGACCUUGCUGA